UUCAGCAUUACUAGCCAUAGAUCGAAAAAUCAUAUUUGACUGGUAUAUAUAUACUACAGAUAGAUCUAAGUGCUAAGAUAAAACAAUGGCCACAAAUAGCCAGAGAAUGAGAAGCACUAAUGUACCAGCUUGUAAACUAGCUAAAGAUAUGACUGUCGACAGUAUAAGAGUUCCAACCCUUGAGUUACAUGUAACUGCAGAUACGGCUUUCAACAGUGAAAAAGUUGCAACCCUUGAGUUCACUGCAGAUACAAAUGUUGGCAGUAUGAGAGUUCCAACUAUUGAGUUGACUGCAAGUAAUGUCAACAGUAUUGAGCUAGCUGCAGAUACAAAUUACGAUGCGCUAUCAGGAUCCGGCAAAUCAGACUGUCUUCGUGAACCGACUGAAAUUGAAUCACUGAGAUGUGGUGAAAUUAAUCCCAAUUGGAAUGAAAAAUUUAUUCCUCUGGAGACCGAAAAAAUCAGCCAACAAAGAGUUACUGAGGUAUACGAAAACUGUACGACUGUAAACAUUAUGAUCACAGGACUGACAGGAUCAGGAAAGUCAGGACUAACCAAUGCUUUUCUUGGAAAGAAACGAGGAGAGGAAGGUUUCGCUGAAGAAGGAAGUGACAUCAGGAAGCGAUGUACAGUGAGAGUAGAAGGUCGGCAGGCAUGCAGAGAGCAGCCAUUUUCAUUAAAAAUUUGGGACACACCUGGACUCAAAGAUGGCACUAAGGAGCAAGAGAAGUACCUGAAGGAAAUGUAUGUCAUCUGGAAGCGAUAUAGUUUUGGGGACCUGAUUAUCUAUUGCAUCAAAGUAGACACACGCUUUGUCAGUGGCAAACAUAACCCGAAUCUUAAAGCUAUGAAGAAGCUACAAAAGAAAUUUGGGAAUGAGUUUUGGAGAAAAACAGUAAUUGUCCUCACGUUUGCCAAUCUUAUAGAAUCUUUGAAUCCUGAAUGGCCUGACAAUCACGAAGAGAAAAUAAUGGCAUUUCAAGCAAAAAUUGACGAGUUCAAAACUCAGAUCAGAAUAAACCUAAAAGAUUACAUUGGAGUAGCCACGGAGAUAGCUGACAACAUACAAGUAAUCCCUGCUGGUUAUUCCACGAUCCCUCUUUUAUUCGACGAGCGACGCUGGUUUUCUCUUCUCUGGUUCCAAUGCCUGAACACCAUUCCAAUCAAGAAACAAAGCGCAUUCCAGCAGGUGUUUCAGGACAGAAUUGUUCGAGGAAGGGAGGCUGAUGUACGAGGCAACGAGCGUAAAAUCGUACUCACAGAUGCUUUUGUUCCAGAAAAAUUACUAGAACUAGAACGAACGUAUGAACUGCGAGGUGGAUUGAUUGGCAUGCUUGGAGGCCCAUUUGCGUUGCUUACAGUUCCACUGGGAGUUGUGUGCGGAAAGAAGCACGCAGAGGCAGUGCAUAAGAAGCAACUCAACAAUACCGAGAAUUAGUUACGAUUACUUGUAUUGCAUGAGUACUUAGACUAUAGCACCAGACUGUAUAUGUUAUAGCACUACUGUUUUUUAUUUGUGGGUGUUUUGUGUUCAAGGAGUGCUGCAAUAAUAUUAUACUGCUUUCCCUA